AUGUCAAUAUCUACUACAAGAAACUUUGGUUCGACAUUACUUCAGCUUGACAACUCUCAAUGGAGCCAGCUUUACUACCUUUUACUCAUCAUUUCCGGAGCAGUAGGCGCACUGGCGUUCCGCACAAAAUCAACCACUAAGUCUAAUAUUUCGACAAUUGAUGGACCAGCCCCAUCUUCUAUGGUUUGGGGUAGCGCUUGUGACAUGUUCGAUGAUGAGAGAGGCCUUGCAUUUCAGGAUGAUCUAAUGAAGUCCUAUGGUUCGGCAUGUCGGAUACAAGGGCCGCUUGGAACAACCGAACUGUGGAUAUCUGACCCCCGGGCAAUCCAAGAAGUUUUGGUCAAAGGAUACUACGACUUCAAACAAACUAGUUGGUUUAAUACCUGGGUAAAGCUUGUCCUUGGGCCAGUAGUAGCCACACUUCAUGGACAAGAACACAAAACACGGCGCAAGAUAUUGAAUCCGGUAUCUACAGCGAGUCACGUUCGUAACUCAGCUGCAACUGAUGCCCCCCACACUAAGACUCCUACUAUGACAUCAAUUGCACGAAAGCUUCAUGAAAUUGUGGCAUCCGAAGUACAAGUAAAUGGGGGUAACACAGGGGUUGUUGAUCUUUUUAAAUGGAUCCAUUUAAUUUCCCUCGAGAUCAUUGGUCAAGCAGGAAUUGGCCAUUCUUUUGGCAUAUUGGAAGGCAAAGUUCCAGAUUACCUGGCCGCUUCUCGUGAUGUUUUUGCAUUGAUAUCAGAGAUGUGGUAUCUUCAUCCAUUCAUUGCGUUUUUAACUCGACUAGGCCCGGCAUCCUUUCGACGAGCAGUAGUAGAACACAUUGCUCACCCUCCUGCACAAAAGCUGAAAGACGUGGCUGAUACUAUGCACAAUACGGCUACCGAAAUCAUGAAGAACAAGAAAGAGGCACUAGAAAACGGAACCCUAGACUCGGGAAUAGCGGCUGGAAAAGAUAUGAUGACGGGGCUCUUAAAGCGAAAUCUUGCAAGCGCACCUCAAGACCGAAUGACCGAAGAAGAACUCUUGUGCCAAGUCAAUGGUUUAUUAUUUGCAGCACAUGAUACAACAAGCUCUGCUCUAUCUUGUACGAUCAACCUACUGGCUGAGCACCAGGAAGUACAAGCAAAACUCCGAGACGAGAUCCGUGGAGCAUAUCGCUCUCAUGGAAAGGAUCUUGAUUACGACCAGCUCAAUUCACUCCCCUACUUAGACGCAGUGUGCCGAGAAUCUUUAAGGAUCUAUGCUCCAGCACCACUUGUGGUCCGCAUCGCGGCCAAGGAUUGGACGCUGCCCCUUUACUAUCCAAUCAAGAGCAAGGAUGGAAAGCUCAUGUCGUCGACUAUAAAUGUCUCGAAGGGCACCGCUGUAUAUAUAUCCUUCCGGGCAGCAAACCGAGACGAGCGGACCUGGGGCUCCGACGCUGGGGAGUUUAGGCCUGACCGUUGGCUUAAACCCUUGCUGGAAAGUGUGUCUGAUGCUCGAAUGCCCAGUGUCUACUCAUCGAUUAUGACGUUCUCUGGAGGAUUGCGAUCGUGCCCAGGGAUGAAGUUUGCACUGCUAGAGAUGAAGACGAUCCUUUCAACUUUGAUAUCGAACUUCAACUUUGACCUAUCCGAAGAGCAGAUCAAAUGGAAGGCCGCUGGCGUUAUCAAGCCUCAUAUCCAGUAUCCUGACUCGACGACCAGCAAGGAGCCCAUGAUGCCUAUGAAGGUGACCCUGUUGAGUGAUAUGGAGUAA